AUGUGUAUAUAUCCCCUGUCGAUAAUUCGAGUCCCAUCACUAGCGAUACUUUCUGUGUUUAACUACUUUUCCCCCGUUUGUUUUUUCUUUUCCCCUGUUUACUAUAAUUUCGUCGCGGUGUGUGGAGGCAGCCGAGAUUUGAUGACCCAGUCGGCGGAAGUUUCCGUGACUUCGUAUGAGCAGCCACUGCCGGGCCGUCCGACUGAUGGUGUGGGCGCCGAUUUACCUCGGGACGCAGAUGGAGUACGGGAUUCCACACAGGAGUUCGACAUGCUUGCGGUAGAUGUGAUUCUUGGAGACGGGACCCACUGCGCACUGGACUUCGCUGAGAGCGCUUAUCUCAAGCGACUGAUAUCUCAGAAGCAACCAGUACAGCUUGAAUUUGGCUCUCAAGUUGCCAUAGAGGAGUUAAAAAGGAUAGUAGCGUUAGAUCUGAGAGGUUCAAAACUCUCCCGUGCUCGGCGUCAGACCCGCGCUGAUGUUAAGUCGAGAAUGUCGGAAGCAGAUGACGAAGUUUUGUCUUCUUUUUCCACGAGCGCGGCACCACAUAGAGAAGACAGCCAGGCUUGUGUUUUUUUUUCCGAGACAACAUUGUCCCGGAACGGAACCGUAUCGUGCUACAAUGCGUGCGAAUUGACACGCAACAGGGAAUUAUUUAUGGAGGUUUUAGAGUUAAGUGCGCGUCUAGAAAUGGAAAAAACGUUUGCCGUCCUUUGUGGUGAAUUUGGUCGAAUAUACAAGGAGGAAGUGUUUUGUGACACUGAUAUCCGUUCGCUUGCGUCAUUAAACAGCAAAGAGAAGUUAUGUGAAGUCUUAGCUUUCCGGGAGAAGGUCAUGACUGCAUUUAGAAUCGGUGGUGGCAGUGCUGAACCGGGUUCGCCCCAGCCACGGUCGCUCCAGCCAUCAAAAGAUGUGCUAAUAGCCACGGGAGCUGACAAAUCCAACCAUCAGCUCCCAUGUGUGGCAUGGUUGAAGAAGGAUCGCUAUUUCUAUCCCGAAUUUUAUCACGUUGGGGAUUUGACGCAAUCCAUUGACCCCAGUUCGACGACUAUGACUGAAGCAUCGUAUCUUGGGGAGGACUUCGCAAAAAAAGGCCACACCCUUUACCAGAACCCUGUGUGGGAGGGGGAAGACUCGGCUAAGACGUGCUCAGAGUGCAAGAGAUCUUUCUCCUCAUGGCCGGCUCUGUUGUUUGCUGCGGUUCGGGCGCGUAACUGCCGUUGCUGUGGCCGGCGCAUGUGUGAGCAGUGCACGUCAUGGAUGCUAGACAAGUCAUUGGCCAAGUUAAGUAAGCCUGGUCAACCGGAGGAGGGCAGAAUGCGUCACGCAUGCAAGAGGUGCUACGAUCAAGCAAUGAUGAUAAAUAAACACACAUUUCUUUGCACCACAUUCGUUUGUGCCGGCCUAUCUAUCGUGGAUAUCGCACUCUUACGUACCGUCAACGAGCAGUGGAGGGCUGCAGCCGAGUUGUGCCUCAGUGACUACAGAUCAUCUCUCUACGAGAACAUGUGGAACAUGAAGAUACCAAAACGGACAGCACAGAUCCUUGCCAGUAGCGUUAAUCUUUUGGUUGGCCACCCCGAGCCUCUCAUAUUUCUCUUCAUAUCUAUUGACUGGGAGAACAAUGAACUUGUUGAGAAGGCCUGCGCAGCAAUCGAGCAAACGGCAAAGGGAGCCGCACCGCCGCCAAUGUCACCACAGCUUCGUGACUUCUAUUGGAAGCCGCCAUUGAGCCACUGGUAUAUGUUGUGCACACGCACUUGCGGUCGGAUGCUACCACCGUUCUUUGGUAUCAAAAUUCUGGAGUGUUUGCACCGUGCACCACAAGGCCAUGCAACAGCGGAAAAAAUACGGAAAAUAGUGACAAAGCACCUGCUGCGAGAUUGGAUUACGUCGCUGGAUACGUGCAUACGAGAAUGUGUUGUGUUGCUCCUGUUGGAUAUCUUUGAUCUCGAGAGCUGCCAGCCCCGUGUUGUGUCCGUUCUACUCUCCUUGUCGAAGCUCGAUCCACAGUUGGCGAUCGUUAUUUGUCAAGAGGCGUCAGCGCGAAUGAGGGUCAAUGAAUUCAGCUACCGCACACUACAGGAGCGCGUCAUUGAAAGAAACGCUGACACAUUCCCGGAAUCACAUCAGAAAUUUCUCAAUACACUUAAGUUUUUAAACUUGAUCACACCUGAGGUGAAUCUUGUCCCGGUGGGUGGGGAUGCCAGGGAGUAUCAGAGGGCGCUUGUUACUCAGCUCUCGAACAGUGGGCUAAUGGGGGGUUUGGCGGAAACGACCGGCGAAUCCGUCUCUGGUUGUUUGUCAACUUCAUCGAGGAUUGCGCAGGAACGCAAUGGGCUGUGUGCCGUAUCGCCUAUGCUGUUUCCGUUUGACAGUAGUGUGGUUAUAACACACAUCGACUUGGGGGGUAUCAAGAUAAUGGAAUCUAGUCAACGGCCUGUUUCGAUUCCGCUCGUUGAUGCAGAAGGUGUGACGCGGGGUAUUCUUGUCAAGAGGGAAAACCUUGAAAAGGAUAAAGUGAUGUGUGUCACCUCGCGGUUUUUGCGGUGGGUGCUCUACAAGCAAAUAGGCAACGUGGUCCUUCCCACGUAUCGCGUUAUUUUGCUUUCGCCGUCUUCGGGUUUGAUAGAGGUGGUAAAGGACGGGCAGACAAUUCACCGUGUGAUUGGAAAGGACAAAGAGGGUCGCCUGCUUCAGCACCUUGUGUCACUUGAGAAGACACAAGGCCAGCUGGGGGACUCGGUGUCGGAACCUCAACUUCAUGAAAGGGUACGAGGAGCGGGACAUCAGUGUGGACAACCUAAUAGUUUGAUAGUUAAAGACUUCGAUAGUCAAAAAUCAGCUGCUCUUGCCCGUGAGUGUUUCAUGUGCUCCGCAAAGUUUUUCAUAUUGCUGAAUUAUAUAUUUGCAAUCGGUGAUCGACAUCGUGAGAAUGUUAUGAUUCAUCCGAGUGGUGCUAUAUUCCACAUCGAUUAUGGUAUGCUUUUAACAACACGGACGUUAGCCGAGCAUGUCCUACCUUCCUAUGUCCGAUUCGACUCUGACCUCGAGGGUUGCAUUGAAUACUUUAUGAAAGAAGAACCCGCGCCGGAAGUGCAGACUGAGGGGGAACAAGACGAUUCCUGUACGAGAUUUAUUAUACAAACUGCUGAUUGGUUUCUCGAAGUGCGGUCGUACGCGGGCAUUAUGCACCAACUUCUUUCUCACAUUGUCCGCCGUAAUGCGCUCGACGGAAUUAAACACAUAGGAGAGUUGACAGCGCUGAUGAACUUAACGCUAAUGCGGAGCCUUGCGGAAGAAAGUUGCAAAGAAACCUUCUGCAAGCGAGUGAAGGAUUCACGUGGACGAACAUGGCUAAAGGACAUUACCCAUGAUACUCAUAAGUGGACCCAACAAGCUAUGGAGCGUGGCUUCAAGUGGUUAUAUAAGCUUAUGAGUUUACACCCCAUCGGCGUGGAUGCACGAAAUCAAACAAAAUGA